CGAAAAUCUACUUCAUCACGAUUGCUGAAGGGAAUUAGACUGCCUCAAGGCGUGGACGGCGCGGUAUAUGUUGUGAGAGAUGGACUCACGCUGGUAACAACCAAUUUCAGUGGCCUAGUGCCACAAAUGCCCACGCCCAUGACAAGGAUGGAUCUGAUGUCCACGGCACUGGAGGCCGAGGUGCCCCUGCCGAUCUCGAUUGUGUCUGAUCUGGGCAGAGGGUACCUCCGCCAGAUCUUUAAGACGCCUGAUGAAGACCAAGUGCGUCAAAUCAUUGCCCUUUGGCCUAAAUUGGUUCUCACUGCCAAAGCCCCCCAAGUACUCGACAAACAUGUCACGGCGGCCUCCAAUGCCUUAUGUGUCUAUCUCAAUUGUGGCGUUACAAGCAAUGUGCCUGCUAUUCAACACUUGGUUCUGUCUAGGGAGGCAUGGUUUGAUGCUCUGCAAUGCGCCCAUAAAGCAUUUGACGAUGGCAAGACAAAACCGGCCUUCCAGAUCAUGGAGACAUUGUGUGAUGUACUUAGGAAGAUGAGUGAUCAACAGAGUAUUGUUGAGAUUCUCCGGUAUGCCACACUACCAUUGAUCAAAAGCAUUCUUUUAUCAUCACCCCAGUCUGAAGUUAAGAAGGCUUGCUUGAUGAUCUCGUGCCUGCAUCGAAAAACCCCUAUCGGCGAGAGCCUCGAAUCGUUCACCCAACAGUCGACAGCAGAAUAUUCUACACGCUGGAAUCAACGGCUGGUACAGCACAACAUCGGCCCUGCUGACGUGUCAUGCAUUGACAAUGAUACCAUGGCAUCCCUAUUCCUGGCUUUGAUAUUUGCGAGCGUCGACGUCGAUACAAGAAGCGCCGCUAUGAAGCUAUAUUCUCUCCUAUGUACUAGCAGCGCCGAGGCGCCGGCCAAUGCCAGUCUGCAGGUUACUGCAGAACGAGUCAUCGAGCUCUAUCUCGAAAAGAACCAUGAAGCUCUUGGGGAUUUUGCUCAAAACGUCCUUCCGAUGGUUUUGUAUGACAGGGAAAGAUUCAUGGCUUUUAUAGAGCCGCGUUGUCAUUCCUGUUGCGAAAGUGAGUCGACGCUUGCCCUCUUUCUUUCUUCUUUGAGGGUCGGCAUUCAAAAGAAUCUGCUAUCAGACAAAGAUGCCCUGAUCUUUGUCAAUUCUGCCUUUACAACAGCGUCAAAUCCCAGAUCCCGUAAGGAAGACCGGUAUUAUUGGUUUCGAUAUAUAUUCAUGGUAGCGAGCUCAGAGCUUCGAGUGUUGACAUACGCUCUGCUGACGGCCAACCCCUCCACAAACGCCGUUAUUGACGUGGAAACUCUAGACUGCAUCGCCUCGAGUCUAAGGUACCUCCACGAAGAUGCGGACGCUCAUGAGAGAGGGGAGAUCCUGAGCACUACCAAAAGACUUCUAAGCAGAAUCCAAACGAGUUACACGUACAUUUGCAGAAAAUCAACACAAAACAACGACGAUCAUAAGACCGAUGCUCUUCUUCGUCAGUACAGGUCGUUCUCAACCUGUUUCUUCGACUUCCUGAAGGAAGAGUUGGCUGCCGGUAUCUCCUACCCUCGCCACAUACUCAGCCUCCAGUCUCUGAAGUACUUCUUCAGCCUAGCAAUAGAACCCCAUACCUUCGAUGAUGAUCUUGUCCUGACAAGGUCUUUGUGCAACCUUACCCUCGACCCAUUUGAAGAGGUUCGAGUUCAUGCGGCUGCUCUAUUGCGAAUCCUGUCUAUGCGCAGCCCAAAGAUGGUUUUGCGUGUGGCUGGUAGCGAUUUCCUCCAGAAGGUGGAAAUGCUAGCGGUGCAGACUGUGCGAGGCGAUCACGCUGACGGUAUGGGGAGACUAUUGGCGGUCCUGUCCCUACUCAGCGACACUGACGAUUCGGUCAAAUCCACCGUCGAAACAGCAGUUCUGAGAAGCAUAUCUCGGCUGGAACAUACGACUUCAGAACCUGGCAAUCUGCGACCUGGAUCAACUUCCCCCGUCCAUGGAUAUCUACUGACCCUCUACUAUCAACUUCAGAAUCUCCAAGGCCACGCUGACCAGGAUGUGAUAGCACAUCGAGUCUUCUCUAUAUGCUACAGGAUCUGGGAAGAAGUUCAACCACAACUAUGUGUUGACUCACCAGAGACAGCCACAGAGCUAGCGGAUGACGAAGGGACUGAAGGUCCCAAAGAUCUCCUUGCCUAUUCAUGGAGAGCCUUACGCGACUCAAGUCUUGUUAUUCAGGCUCUAUUGACGGGUUUCCCUCCUGAUCGCGAGAUGUACUCCGUUGCAGGAAGGCUAUGUAUGGACCAGCUCAUGUCUCUGCGCCACAGGGGAGCCUUCUCCACAGUUGCACAGACUUUCCUUGCAUGUUGCAAUUUAGUCCGUGGUGCGACUCAACCAGCUAUUCGUGGACUGAUCAAUGACUGGUAUAAGAUCGCUCUGAAUGAGAUCGACGAACAAGCCAGCCGCCUCACGCGUCGCUCCGCCGGUCUACCUGCGAUGAUGACGGCUUUGCUCAGUCCUACUGAUGGUGGAUUCUUCUCUUCUGCGGUUUGUGAUCUCAUGGCUAUUGCGCGGCUAUCCAGCCAAAAGACGGGGUAUGAUGCAGGACAGUUGAGGUUGCCACAAGUGCAUGCGCUCAACUGCCUGAAAGACAUCAUGACUAGCUCUAGGUUCUCAACCGUCAUCACUCAAUUCUUGUCAUCAAUUCUGGACUUGGCCGCAUUUUGUCUCUCGUCCAAAAUCUGGGCUAUCCGCAAUUGUGGCUUGAUGCUUCUACGCGCUUGCAUCGGCCGCCUCAACUCGACAAGUACGAGUGAGCAGCAUGUCCUGAAGGAGCCUUCGGCUGAGGUCACUCGUGACUACGCCCCGACAACAGUUGCUUUACGUCUUCUCGAAUCAGCACGAAACAGUCGAAAAUCCGACCUAUUGGACGGGAUUACCGAACACGUCUUUGCAGGCCUAGAUUUACUCGCACAUGCUCAGCAGGGUGAAGCCAACUCUGAUUCUCUAGUUACGACAAUUGCUGGCGAACUGUCAAAUCCAACGUGGGCAGUAAGAGAUCGAGCAGCGUACCUCAUAGCCAAUCGUCUGUCCAGUCUCGGUCCAUCCCUGGCUGCCCGGACCAUCCUCGAAAUAGUGGCACCGAUCCAGUCUGAGAACGAAGCACAUGGUGUUCUCCUCUGCUGCAAGUAUUCACUGAUUGAGACAAGGCAGUCCAUGACUGAGCCAGAACUCGACGGUAUCGUAACGUCGCUAGCGGGCGCGCUUGCGACAUCUACAACGGAACACUAUCCCUCACCGUACGUCAGUGCGGCGUGGCUAGAUGUCCUCAACGAAGCUGCCGUGUUCAUCUGGGACAAUGGCUGGUGCUUUAAAAUCAUCGAGAAGCACUCUCCCGUCAGCCAAGAGAAAUACGCCGUGAAAAGCAACUCCGUGCACGGCAAAUACUUGUCACAAAGGGUUCUUCUCUUGCAAGUCUAUCGUCAGCUUAUGCAAGACGAACGCGCGCUCUCAGGGGACGAAGUCACCACUCGACUGGUCCGGGAUCUGGUCGCCAAUUCCGAGGGAUUGAGCUUCUGUGUUAGGAUUGCGAAUGAGAGGCUGUCUAGUAAGCCGCGGCUUUCUUUGAUCACUCUUCUGAUCGGUCUGAUCGCUGACGUAUCUCGAAAUGGAACAAGUCAGCAAGAUGUUCUUGAGCAAGCUUUCUGUGGGCUAGAACAAUGCUUGAGCCGUGGUGUCAAGCCCGACUCGCGAUCAUUGCAAAUAUUGAGUCAGCAAAUCAUCCUCGACCAGCUUGGAACCACUAGGGAUCUGUUCAACGCAGCGCUCAAGCUCGAGGCGCAGAUUAUAGCAGGAUUCGUGCUUCCGAAUGAGAAUUACAUAGCCGCUUGCAAGCGAGUCACAGUCUGGGUCGAUGCCGUCAAAGAUGCUUCGAGGGACGCGUUGGACUUUCCUACGAGGCUGGGCGCAGCGACGGCACUUUCCACACUCACCGGGCAUUUCCAGUCUUUUCGUGACGACGAGCUUGGUCAAGGUGUCAAAGUGAACCUGCUGUUGGUCCUUUACGAUUUGCUGAAUGACGACGACGAAGAGGUCCGUCACGAGGCCGUUACUGCAGCUGCUAAAUUGCACCUGAGGCAUACACCUGCAGUUGGCGGUCUCGGGCUGUGCGUACUUGCUGCAAGAGAGAGGCUCCUUGAAGAGAUCAUCCUUCAGUAUGGACAGACAUCAUUACUGGCAGAGGCAGCCUUACUCAAACUUAUGCAGGUUGGACAGGACAACAAGAGUGAUUUCUCUGACAAUGGGCCAAGCAGGCUUUUCGAGACGUCGGUUGCAUCGAGAAUACAGGAGAUUCUCAAGUCAAAGAAUGACCUAUUCGCUGAAGAGAAGCAAAACCUUUAUAUUGACGACGUCCGGGAGAUCAAAUCUUGGACCAGGGUUCUUUCACGGUCGGCAAUCCAAUCGUUGUCGCAACAGCAGUUUCAGGCUGCGAUCGACUGGACUCUUGAAGGACUGAAUCAAACCCUCUCGAGUCUGCCAGAUUGCUACAAAUCAGAGCAGUCCGCCGGUUCAAUGCUUGUACAUCCACUGGGCGUUACCUACGACCACGAACUACUUGUAGUCUUUCUUCAAGUCGUGAGCCUUGCGGGUAUCCUAUCGGUUUACGAUCAGGUCGACAAUGCUGAAGGACUCACACUCGUGUGCCAAAAGUUGGAAAAGAUGGCGUCUGUGCUUGCUGACACGGCAGGCAAUGCCAUCCUUGCCGAUGCUGUCACGAACGCACUAAAAGGAAAUCCUGGUGAAGACUAGCAUGUUUACUACGGAAGGUGAGGCAGUGAAGUUAAACAACACAAGAUAGCCUGACCACCAACAUCCCAUCUUCGCGUCCAGCCUUCGGGGCCGUAUCCUCACCC